AUGGACCUACUCUUCAAGCUUUCAGCUGCUGGUCGUAGUUCUACGAACACGUGUCGAAACCUUCAUCGGCUCAUACAUCGUGAGAAUAUGACAGUGCCAGUGAGCAUCAACUUUGUGACUGUUCCAGUCCGACGGAGACGUCCUGUUCUCAAGAAAGUGGACAUUGCCUACCCCGUGAUAUAUCCAAGCAGUUGGAUGAAGUUUCUGCUGCGAGAGCGGAGCUACCUGGUCUUAGGUGGAAUCCAUAUCAAGCAUACUGCGAGGUGGCAAACCAUGCUUUCAGAAUUUUGGGCGUUGCACAGUGGCUAUGACCCUUUGCACAGCUACUGUACUCGAUUCCUCUACACUGUCGUGCCAGCUGAACUAUACUGGAAGGAUGCCACUCUGGAUAAGCUCAACGGGGCUUUCGCUGCAGACCUUUGUGAUUUGUACAACAACGGUCUUACUGUCGACUCUCCUCUGGGACCUACAACCAUCUACUUUUGCGUGGUGGGGGUCAAGGGGGACUGGGUCUACUUGCGGAAGGCGAUGACUUUGAAGACCGGCUGGCAAUGCCAGCGCAAGUGCCACUUGUGCACCAGCAACGAAUGGUUCAACCUCGCAAUGGAUGCACCGUGGCGCUCUGAAGGUGGGGGCCCGACUCCAUUCAAGGUCGAUCGAUCGCCCUUGUUCACAGUGCCUGGGCUGGGAGCUCCGGAGCGUGCUUUGGUCGAUCCGGCCCAUACGUGGCACAUUGGGUCACUGGGAGGCAGCAAGUACAGUUGA